AUGCGUCUAUAAUUGGUGGAUGUUUUUAAUGCAUGGACUUGUAUAGAUGUCUCACUCGAAAUUAUAAUAUAAUGCGUCAUUGGAACGUGCCUGGCCAAUGAAACGUUGUGAAAUGCUUUACUCAAAGCUGACCCCGCCUUUCUGCCUCCCCACAGCAUGAUGACCUACCUUAGACCUCAAAAGUGCGUUAUGAGGGGUCUAUUAGAAAGAUGAAAGUGCGUUUAUACCUCCAAGCACAACAGAUUAUCCCUGUUCAUUAGGCGGUUAGACAUCCUGAUAAAUGCCAACUGGAUUGCCCAGACUUAAGAGGACUCUCAUUACUCCAUGGCAAUGUUUUCCAGCCAGAUGACUUCAACUCCUUUCUCAGUGCGCGAUAUAUUGAAUCUGGAGCAGAAUCGGGACCUGGUCUCUCUGGACAUGUCUCAGCGGCUGGACACUACUCUUAUUCCCACAUCAUCCUGCAUGCUGUCAACUUUUAAACAAGAGCAGUUCAUGGACGUGCCAUCCGGAGCCUCUCUUUUCAGUGAAGACCUUCAGGACGACAAAACCAACAAAAACGGCUCUGUGAACUUCAAUGAAGCUGCCUUUUAUGGGAAGAAUUACUUAGAAAUGGACUAUGUUAAAGCCGCAAAGACGGACGACACGUUUGAGGAUAAAGAGAAAAAAGACAUCAACUGUUCACAAGAAGAGCCGAGUGAGGAUCUAAAGCUGGAUGAUCCGGAUCGUCCCAAACAGAGGAAACGCAGGAAGCCUCGCGUGCUCUUCUCUCAAGCGCAGGUGUACGAGCUGGAAAGGCGCUUCAAACAGCAGAAAUAUCUGUCUGCACCUGAGCGAGAUCAUCUAGCCAAUGUGCUCAAGCUCACCUCCACACAGGUGAAGAUCUGGUUUCAAAACAGACGCUAUAAAUGUAAGAGACAGCGUCAGGAUCAGACCCUGGAGAUGGUGGGCAUCGCACCUCCAAGACGCAUUUCGGUGCCGGUUUUGGUUCGAGAUGGAAAACCAUGCUUGGCAGACACGUCCACUUACAAUGCUUCUUACAAUGUGGGAAUCAAUCAUUUCACCUAUAACACUUAUCCGGCGUUUAGUAACUUCCCGAGUCCAGGCAACACGAACUACUCAUGCAACUAUCCAUCAAGCAUGCCGAGCAUCCCCUCCUCACAGUCCAACAGUAACUACAUGAACUUUGGAGUUGGGGAUUUAAACAAUGUCCAGGCAUCAUUUCAAUCCAGCAGCGGGGUGUCAUCAUUACAUGGCAUCCGGGCUUGGUGAAAGACAAUAAAAGACGAAAUUUACUGCAUGUGUUAUUUCAAUAUUAUUGGCAUUGUUAAUGAUUAUUUGUAUUUUGCUGAAAGGCAUCAAGGCUGGGAUGUUUUAUGUUUAGGCCUGCUUGUGAAAUGGUAGAUUGUCAGUUCAUUUUUACGCUUUAAUAUCUUAUAUACUUUAUUUUCUAUAAACCAUGUUUAAAUAACUUGCUUGCACUUGUGUUAAAUUAUGAGAAAUUAAGUUCACAACAUAUUACCUUAUUUAUGAUUUUCACCAGAUAUAUUAUGAGGCCCGCGUGCAACCUACAAAUAGGGCAAAGUUAUCAAGGUUGCAACAUUUUCUUUUCCCAUUUUCCUUCUUUCUUUUGGUGUAUCACAUAUAGACUGAAACUUUAUCAUACUAUAAAAAGAAUAGCAAAAAAGCAUAAAUUGAUAAAAUAUUACUUUUUUUGCAUAUGAAUGCAAUUAUUUUCGUUGUGAAAAUAAGCAGAAGGCAUGCAUAUCGAACGAAUAUGUCAACAUUUUUUAUUAUUAAUUUGUCUGUGUAGGUUUGAUUUGUAUAUUUUUAAGAAAAA